UUUCGCCAUUGCUAAUCGCACAACCAAACAGAGCGUACCAAAAAUAUUUUCUAUAAUCCUCCACAAAAAUUAUAAUAAUAAUUCUAAAGAAAAAUACAGUUGAAAUUAAGAUACCGAUUUCUGGAGGGGAAGACGAAGGGGGAAUCAUGGCGGUCUGCGGCGGUUAUUCAGUUACCUUCGCAGCUGCAUCCUUCAAUCCAAACAAGCCCUUAACCCCAUCUUCGAAUCCGUUUCAAACCUCUCCGGGACCUUCGUAUGCUAGAAAGCUCCCCUUUCUUUCUCUUCAUUCAAGUCAAAAUUCCUCAAGAACCCAUUUGACCAAAGCCAAAGCUUCUCCAAGUUUGAUUGUUGCUGCGUCAGGGAAAAAGCCGGAGCCUCUGAAGGUGAUGAUAUCGGGAGCCCCGGCCUCUGGUAAAGGAACUCAGUGUGAACUUAUUACGAAGAAGUUUGAUUUGGUGCACGUAGCGGCAGGUGAUCUUCUGAGGGCUGAAGUUGCUUCUGGAACAGAAAAUGGGAAGCUGGCAAAAGAAUACAUGGAAAAAGGACAACUUGUCCCUAAUGAAAUAGUCGUUAUGAUGGUUAAAGAUCGUUUAUCACAGCAAGAUUCUCAAGAGAAAGGCUGGCUUCUUGACGGGUAUCCAAGAAGCGAGUCCCAAGCUACUGCCCUCAAGAAAUUCGGGUUUGAUCCAGAUAUCUUUAUUCUUCUUGAAGUCCCUGAAGAGAUUCUUGUUGAAAGAGUUGUGGGCCGCAGAUUAGAUCCUGUUAAGCUACGUUUGCUCACUCACAACAGCAAUGUGGAGGCUGUGCUCUCAAUGUACCAUGACAUAUCAGUCAAAAUUGAUGGAACUCUCCCGAAACAGGACGUCUUUUCACAGAUCGACAGUAUACUCACCGAACUGCUCGAGACAAAGGAGGCCGCCUUGGGUUCAGUGGCCGUGUAAAACAAGCUCAGAUCAAUGAUAGGCGGGAAAAUGCAGAAAAUUGAUUGAAAAAGAGAGGGUGUUGAUAUAUACAGAGGAUAAUGCCAUAAUUGUUUGGUUUGUUUGCUAGGAUAAUUUGGUCCAUAUGUAUGUACAUACAUAUUUUCAUAUGGAAGAUGAAAAAAAAUCUUGAGGUUUUUAUCUGGUCCACAACCGUGGUGUACUCUGAGGCUAAUAUUCGUUCUGCUGCACAUUUUUGUCAUAAAAAACCUUUCUAUGGAUUCAGGUACUGACCAAAAAAAUCUUGAUAUAAAAGUGCUUCAUUGUUCUG